GUAUACUGCGCUACAUAUACCUAUGUAUUGACUAUUACCCUCGCUCAAAUGCAGCUGUCAAAUUUAAUGGAUACAUCGAAUUUUUGGUCGUUUAAUUAACAGUAAUAAUUAUCAUUUUAAUAUAAUGAUCCAUAAAAUAUUAUCCGACAAGGAAAAAUUUUGUGUUCACAAUUCGAGUGAGUUAUUUCUUCAGUUCAUUCGCCAAUUUUCUGAUUUAGAACUCGGUAUUGCUACUGAUAAAGACCAUUUGUCCGAAGAUGAAACUCAAAUCAAAACAUUGCGAGAAAAAAUCUCUCGAACAAAAGAUAAAAUUACAAAAGAAGACAACAAGAACAGAGAAUUGGUAGAGAAUGUUUGUACAUAUGAAAAAACAAUUAAAAUGCUACAAGGUGAAUUCAAUUGUCUUAAAAUUGAAAACCAGAGUGCGAUAUCAUCAGUCAAUAAACUAAAAAGAAAGAUCAUGAAUCCCAAUCGUAAAGAUCAGGAAAUAUUGGAGCGUGGUAAAAAAAAGUUGAAUUACUACAAAGUUCUUUCUGGAAUUAGAUGGGACUACCCUGAGUUAAAAAACAGUGUCAAAGGCUAUAUCACCAACAGGGACGAAUAUAUCCAUGCAUUUUGUUUCGAUCGUGAAACCAACAAAUACGGCGAAAAGCUCUGGCUCGAAGUUGGCAAGGGGAGUCUUAGGUUAAAAGAAACUGAAAUCCAGCAAUUAGUUGCAGAAAUUUGA